CCUCCGCACCCUCACUCCCUCUCACGACAUGGGCAUGAACGCCACCCUCGCCGCCGCGGCCACCCGCGCCGCAGCGCCCCUCGCCGGCACUGCGCCGUGGUACCACGCGCCGCGCGCCGAGCUGCUCGCGCCGCUCUCCGACAAGCACGCGGCGCUGCUGCUGCCCAUCGCCGUGUACUGGCUGGCGUCGCUGGGCUUCUUCGUGCUCGACGCGCUGGCGCUGCCGUUCUUCGAGCGCUUCCGCCUGCACGAGCCCGCCGAGGUCACGGCGCGCAACCGCGUGUCGCCGGCGCGCGUCGCCGCCAUGGUCGCCGUGCAGCAGGUGCUGCAGACGGCCGUCGGCAUGCUGGCGCUCGAGGGCGACGACGUGGGCCGCGCACAGGUCUUUGCCGACCACGACGGCGCCGUGGCACGCAUGGCGCUGCGCGUGGCGCCGUACGCCUCGGCCGCCGCCGCGCCGCGCCUCGCCGCCUGGCUGUACUGGUGGGGCAUUCCGGCGCUGCAGUUCGCCUGGGCCUUCUUCGUCAUGGACGCCUGGCAGUACGGCCUGCACCGCCUCUUCCACGAGUCGCGCUUCCUCUACCGCCACUUCCACUCGCACCACCACCGGCUGUACGUGCCGUACGCGUUCGGCGCGCUCUACAACCACCCCGUCGAAGGACUGCUGCUCGACUCUGCGGGCGGCGCACUGGCGCACCUCUGCGCGCGCAUGACGGUCCGGCAGGGCAUCCUGCUCUUCACCUUCUCGACGUACAAGACCGUCUGCGACCACGGCGGCUAUGCGUUCCCCGUCUGGCUCGACCCGCUGCACCUCUUCUUCCCCAACAACGCCGAGUACCACGACGUGCACCACCAGAUGCAGGGCCUGCGCUACAACUUCUCGCAGCCCUUCUUUGUGCACUUCGACGUGCUCUUUGGCACGCGCAUGGGUGCCGAGCGCUUCGCCAAGCUCAAGCAGGCGAGCCUCGAGAAGCGCGGCACGUACGGCAAGCAGGCCGAUGCGAGUGCGGGGGAGAAGCAGGCGGCUUCAUCAGCGACGGCGACCGAGCCAUCGCCGACGCGGGCGGCAGACGACUUGCGGCGGCGCAAGGCCUUCGUCGGCGCCGCGCAGGACGAGGCAUCGGUCGAGACGCUGCUCGCGGGCGAGCGCGGCGACCCGACGGUGACAACCGAUGCGCAGAGCUACCGCGCAAAGGCCGGCACCGCGGCCGCAUGAGCAACAGCCCCCUUCGCUUGCCUCGCCCCCGCAGCGAGCACCUGUACACACACGACGCGCAUAAUCAGCAUACCCAGUCUCCCAUGCCAUGCGCGGGGCCGGCUGAGUGCAAGGCUGCCGGCAAGAGGCGGCCGGCGGCGGUGGUGACGGCGCCUGCCGCGUGGGCAACAAUGUGCGGGAGCAAUGGGGUGUGAUGAGGCGGGAGCGGGAGGCAAGCACAACAGGGCCGUCUACCAAGACGGGUCUACUCAAAGCAAUCACGGCGUGUGGAGCAAGUGACCUUCAUUGUGGGCUCGUUCAAGGUGACAAGGACAAGGCCAGGGCCAAUGAGGACAAGGCUG